AUGAUAACUACCCUUUAUACCACCUACACUGAGGAACCACGCGCAAGGGUGAGUCAACAGGCAAAUUAUUUGACAUCAUUACAUAGUAUAAAGCCACAUUUGGUUGUUCAGCCGGCUGUGAAACUCCAACCAACAUGUGUUGUCAUCCAUAUUAAUAAUUGGACUUGUUUUUGAAGGACGCAAGCACAAAAACGGCGGUCGACGCGGAAAGUCGCAGGAAAAUGGUGAGUUUGUCCGUUUUAUUUCUAUUUCUGGGUUGCCUAAACCGCAUCUAGCUGUUUUCGGCCCACCACGACUAAGAGUAAAUUGAUCGAGAAAAAAAAAGUCCCUAAUCUACCCCCUUCGGUUUUGUGCUUUCGCAUGAAUCCUCGCUGAUAAUUGCGCGGUAAAAUGCUCACAAAUUAUAUGACUGCAAAAAUCCCCAAACUCAUGAUGUUUAUGGAAUUCUGAAAUAUUCGGUCUCCCAGAAAGAGAAAGUAAUCAGAAAAUUCUGUGGCGAAAAGUUUGACGCUUCCGAUCCUGUCUUGGCGCGAGUAUAGGAUUAUACUAUGCUACACUACUAUCGUAAUGAGGGUAAAUCAAGGACUACUUAACACAUAUUUAUCAACUGUUUAUAUCCAUACACACAAGCGAAGUUUAUAAUCACUGCUUCAAAUUAAAGACUACUGCUGAAGUUUCAAGUUUUGUGAAAGCGAAACUGUGUCUAAAAAAAGCCAAAAAUGUAAGAUUCCCGGAACGGAAGCUAUGCGUAAUAUUCCAAAAUCCUCGGCCUAAGCAAGGUCGCAUCACGUCAUAUCAGCUGAUUCCUUUCAUAUAGCGAACUUUUGACCUCGUACUAUUGAUCGCAAUACAUGGCGAAUGAAAAUGUUUCAGCAUCAAAGGACAGAGUAUAUUAAGAAUAAAAAGACAGUUCUCCGUUUUUAGCAUCGAGCUCCUCAGCAGCAUUUACUGUUCGUCGUGAGAAAGCGCUGUCUUUCGGCUGACUUGACAUAUUAGAGCUGCCCUUCCCAGAAACUGAACAUAAUUGAUUUUACACAGUUUCCAGUUGAGUGACCUUAAAUCGUCCGCCGUAAAACAGAGAAGCCAAACUCAUUGAUCUUUCAUAGUCUCAAUUUGCAUUGUCUAAACUUGAUCGGGUCGAUUCAUUUCCUUUGAGGAAAUGAAAAAAAAUCGUUGUACUUGUCCAAGAUGUGCUCGGGUUCGCCGUCUUGAAGAGUCUCGCAUUUACCGGCUACCGCCCACAAAUCAAGAAUUGAGUCGAAGAUAUCACGUACAUGACCCGGAAUUCUAAGAAACGAGAAAUUGAUGAAACCGUUCGCAACGAAGUCUUUCGCAAAGAAGAAAGAAAUCAUCUUGUUAGAGAUGUUAUGAGCUGACUGAGUUGGAGAGUGACCCCAUAAAUCAGACUGCUAAUAUAAAAGCGGAUUUAUCAAAGGACAUAGAGGAGACAGUACUGUUCUUAUUACCCAACACUGUAAUAUACUCGAACAGGAAAAUGACGAGAUAUACUGGUAAGGAAAGGCGCGGGUACCAAUCAAAACAUCAGCCAAAGGGCUUGGAAGUAAGGUAGGAGUAAAAGAUGGGAAGGAAGAAAGAACAGAGGCAACAGCUAUUCAGACCUGUAUUUCCGGUUUCUCCCGCAUUAUUCACCCACGCCAAAAAAAAAAAUUAUCAACUCCAAUAUGGACCUCAGUGGGCCUUUAAUUGUGUAAGGCGUUAGUUGUAUUGGCUUUGUGAAGAUUAAUAAAAGCCUCCCUUUUCCGAUUACAAGAGUGUAGUUUUAUCGUUAAGGGGAGAAUAAAUACAAAAAUGUGGACACAAUGAACGAAUAAUAAUCAUAAAUAGGCUGGUUUUAGCAAUGAUAGUUCGACGGGGUGGCUGUGCUCCAAUGCUUUCCACUUCGAUUUGGAAUAUUUGGUGCUGGUAUUCGAAUCAAGGAGUUCAGCAACCCCUUCAAAGCGAGUGUUCUCUUCUGAUUAAUUGUUUACGCUACAUGAACAAAAAUAAAGUAUUCCGCGAUGUUUAAGCUUAUCAGCCAAAUAUAUUUUCUUAGGGAACAAUCACAAAGAAAUACCUGAAGGAAAUAAAAACAAAUAGAAGGAUGAAAUCAAACGAGCUUCAACUAAGCUUCUCGUAAUCUGGUUUCAGCGUUCGUCCAAAAUGUUGAUCCUAGCAACGGCGGCUCAAAAUUUUCACUUACUUCUCUUUGUUCUUUUGAAAACGGUGGAAUGUAAAACAGGAAAAGAAGGAUCAAUGCAAACUUUUCUGGUGUUUAAAAAAAAUCACUUGUUAAAAAAUAAUUAGAACAAAAGCAAGAGAUAAUCUCUUUGUAAUCAACAUGGCCAAUUAAAAACUUGUCAAUCACGAGUAUCUAAAUUAACGGUCUAAGAGGGAAGUAAAGGGCGAAUUAUAAAUAACCAUGACAGAGCCACUUUAAUCAGGUUUGCCGCUUCUUUUGUCAGCAUAAAUAAUAUUUUGAUGAAUUACAUAAAUAAUUUAUUACUGAGUGCGUCUGUUUUCCGGCAAUGCUCUGUAAACUGAAGAUGAAGUUCAUACAUUAAAUCAUUCUAGCGUUUAUUUUAAGGAAAGAUUUACAGCAAAUAUAAUUUGGUUGAAAAAUAGCACAGCUUUUGCUAAACACAUACAAAUUGAACUGUAAAGCAUAAGAAACGAAAAACUGGUUGCAGCUGGUACGUACUACAUGCAAAUGAGGUGGUGUUAAGCGCGGGAAAAUUGAGCGAGAUCCCAACACGUGAUCACAUUUUGACCUUGCUUUGAUUGGUUUGUAGCUAUUGCGUGCCUUAUUUCAGCCAAUCAGAAAAAAAACUCAGGAGAGGAAAGUGUACGCAGACUGCUGUGUGGAUUUUUAACCGUUAUUCAGUUCCAGCAGGUGAAAGGAGUGGAUGCUAUCAAAGUUGCAUGUGGUUAAGAUGACUUUCUAUUCUCAAGUCGCAAACUCCUCAAACCUGUGUGAGUUGAUUCCCUGUUGUUGAGGUAACAGGUGUUGUAGCCAUCAACCCUGUUUGCAUGUUUACCAUGUAAGCAAAUUAUUUUAUGCCGUUCUUAACCACAGUACAUAUGUUUAGAACACCGCAGUGACCACAUUUUACAUUAGCAAAUAGCCUCCUCAAGAUUAAUAUAGACAUUGAGUUUUUAUUGUUGCAAGUUUUCUCAAGAAGUGAAGUUCUUUUUAGAUCGAUCAUUGAAAAUGAUUUUGUUGGUCUUUGGUCGAACUUCGUGAAAUGUAAACGAGAUAUUGUCUUUCUCCAUUCGGUCUAUGAUAUAAGAUUAUGUCUCCCUCGAUUGAGUUUAGCUAAAAUGAUUUAGUAAUUUACCUGCGUGGUGAUAUCUUUUCCUCUAGAAAAAAAUUUGAGCUGGAGAAAGAAGACAUUCCUUCAAUCUACAAUCCAGAUACAAAAGUGUGAUUAGUUCACUCUUGUAUGAAAACUGUUAUCUUGAAUUUUGAUUAAAAUCUGACAACAACCACUUUCCCCGGCGUUCUUUAUAUAAUUGUGGGUUUCAAAUCAAUAAACCAUGUCAUAAUUUCAUUUAAAAUAGCAAAUUUAAAGCUAUUUGUGUAUUCUGUCUCGAAAGGUUUCUCCUCCGGAAAGUGUCCUAUAGGACUUGCAACUGUCAGGAGAGAUAAAAAAAAUUGGAAGUGCGGAACGGAAUCAUACAACGACAGGAAAACUUCCUUUUAUGUCAUACGAUAUGAGGAAAUAGAAAGAACCUCUUUCAACAAGAUUUUUUGAUCAAAAAGAAAAAAAAUCGAAAAGUCAGUUCGGAAUGUUAAGAAAAUUAAUUUUUUUUGUCCUUGGUAUCUAGCUUGGCAUUGUAUUGAUUUCAGUGACAGCCACAGGGGUUGCUGGGCAACAAAUUGCCCGCAAGAGAGACGUUAAUAGCUUUCCCUUUUACACUGAUUCAUAUCAUUUGUUUGACAAAUAAAAGAGCAAUAUUUGAUACUUAUCGAGUCAUUCGUUUCAAGAAUGAACUGAGAAUAUGAAUUUCCAUCUAUCUUUUAGUAAUAUUUUGACUUCAAUCUCAGUUUUUUUCUCAGUGGGAGUUUCAAAUUUCCGCUGAUAAAUGGCGAAACAAAAAGGAAUAUGACGACAGUAAUGAAACGCGUAAUAUCAUCGAUAAACAACUGCAAAGAGGUGUCACGAAAGCUUAAAUUGAAGAGAAGAGUAUCGAAUAUCGAAUCAUAUUUGAGAGCUAUAUGCCAUAGUACAUGAUCACGUAACAGUGUGGUAGUUUUUACUCAGCUUUAAUUCAGAACCUUCGAUUAAAAUUCUCUGUUUUUAAAUUUCAAAAUUAAAUCUUUGACAUUCGAUCGCAUUUGUCGUUUUCUUCUAUUUCAAAUAUAUAAUUAUUAAAAAAAGGCAAUUCAUGGAGAAAUUACAAUUUUCUACCUCCGAUUUUGUAGAGAGGCUUUUGGAAACAAGAACAGAUUUGCGUAUCCCAGAAAUCUCUGCCGGUUCUCUCUUACCACUGAGUCUACAUGACAACGUAUGCGUUCUCCUAUCAGCUAUAAUCUUCCUGCAAUUGUGAUCAUUGUUUUUGGUCGUAGACAUGUUAUGGGUGAUCGAAAUAUUUUCUACUGCUCCAUGACAAAUUCUGGAUCUAUCUGUAAAUCUGGUGCUUUCAGCAUAGAGCGAUAAUCCUCCAAAUCAUCUAUAAGCUAGACAAAAAAUCUUACCGGAAAUUUUGUCUGAUUGGGAGUUAUGUGGACAUUAAGCUAAAAUAACCUCACUUUACAGUUAACAAAGCCUUUCUUAUUUCUUCAGAUCCGUCAAUGGUCGCAUUAAAUUUUGCGAUGUCGUUCAGUGCGUGGGUUUUAUAUUGUAAAUGGUUACUUUCUACACUGAUAUUUGACCGUGUUACUGUCAAACACUUCCCGCAGAUGAUUUCAUCCGAAUCGGCUGCAUUUAUAUGUCUCCAGACAUCUGACGCCAGCGGCGUUUGAGUUCUAUUUUAUACUUAGGAAAUGUUUACCAUUACUUCGUCGCGAACCGGGGCAAAACAAACAAUUUUUAAUUACGUAGAAUUGAGUUAUCACCAAGUUCUUUCCUCUUCUUUCUUCCUCAAGAGUUGUUUGGCUCAUCUACGAUUUAAUUUUGGAAUUUGCAACUCUGUUUUGUUUUGUUUUCUUUCUUUUUGUUAUAUUUUCUCUUCUCAAAAAGCUUAGUAGAUUAUCGCAUUCUGUAUCUUGUUUUCUUUGCAUGAUAAAGUUCUUCAAACUUUAAAAACAUUUGUGUUCUGUGAUUGUCGCUUUGUGAGUCUGGUCAGUAAUAAUUCAGCAACAUUCUACCACGCGGGAGAAGAAGAAAAUUGCCUAUUUUCUGUUUUGUUGGUUUCUGUAUCAAUUGAUAAGCUUGAGCCUGCAAUGUUAUUGAAGAAUGUUAUUGAGAAACAAAACGGUAUCAUGAUCUUUAUGAUCACAGAGUUGCAGAGGCCAUUCGCAUGAUAUACCGCUGGCUUUCCUCUCGUUUUCUCUUCUAGCAGACUUCUGAAUUGCGCUUUAGAGAGCUUUCCUAUCAGACCGUCCUUUCACACAUUGAGUACUUUCUGAGUGUAAACCUUUUAAAGCUCAUAUUGGUAGAUUUCCAGUCCGAUUUUGUGGUAGAACAUGGUCCAGAAGUGUCACAAAUAACUCUGGUUUAAACGCGAAUGAAAUCAGAAUUUACUGACUCAAUGUUUGUGCGCGAUAUGUUAAUAAAAAGAAAACAUCAACGAGUACUUUAAUGGUGUAAGAAUAGCACUGACACUUCCCCUGCACGAAAAGAAGAAUGAAAAUACUGACCAGACUUAAUACCUUUUGACACAAGGAAGUACUUCAAAAUCCACCGGUGAUUAUUUUAUCUGAGAUAUAUUAACAUCUGUACCACGUACCACAGGUAGAUAACAGAGCCGAUGGCAUAGGUCUUGACCAAUGACAAGAGCGUUAAAAUCGAUGUCCUUCAUUUCUUUCGGCAUUAAGAGGCAGGAUAUUUAAUAAAAAAUAUUUCAUCAUUCAAAUGUUCUUAGAGACUGAAGUGCUAUGACACGGUUUGGAGAAAUGAAAUUAUCAAGCACAGCCUGAAAUUUAUUCUCUAAAAAUUCAAGCUUUGUCAGGAGCCCAUCCAAGUGAUGGGCUCCUGGCUUUGUGUGGGACUUUUCUAUCUUUUUUCUGAAUGACCCACUUAAAAUAAUGUUAAAACUAUUAUCAUUAUAAAUAAGUUCAAGAAAAAAAUCAUGAGCAAAACGAGUUCAAUUCAGUUAACUUAUAUCACCUUUGAAAAGUGUCGACAUAGUCUGAUAUUGGAACCAGGACAAAAACUAAAUUACUCAGAUCAGCUCGAGUCUCUGCAAGUUAAGCACCGUAAUUGAUCUUUAGAAUUCUUUGCAAAGUGGAUUUUCAGCUUCUGAGAAACGGAAUGUGUGACUAGAAUAUUAAUUUAUAUUAGUCCCGGCCCACGCUUUCCAUUGUCUAAUAGAUUAAGAUCAGUAUCUAAAGUACUUUGGUUUACAGAAUGGUCAAGAAGUACUUCUUCUGUAAUUAUCAAAAACUUAGUUGACAAAUAAGGCUGCUCUACUGAACGACAUUAGCUUCAAAUGCUUUUGCAUUUACCUCAGCACCUAAGGAGAAUUAUUUUGGUGGUUCUCUUAGACUCAUCCUUCUCGUUCUGCUUAAGAAUUUCCGCCGAAAGACUUUUGUUGAAAAUUCAUGUUAAUUGAGAAUAUUCAGUACUAACCGCAAGAAGUCAAACAGACCAAUAUAUACCCCACCGGAAAUAGCAGAUCAUUUUAAUAACCGCAAGACUAGAUUAUAACCAUGUGAAACGCAGAGUGAUUAGUAACCUUUAUUAGGAAACUCAAAUAUUUAAAGGGAUUUUGCUUGGUGGUCACAGUUAUUUACUUUGUAGUGGGGACAUGUGCUUCGUUAAGUUUUUAAAGGUCAAAUUAUUAAUCUGUAAUUCAAUUCCACAACUAACCGAUCAAGAUUAAACAACACUCAGUUCAAAAAACCUUCAAGGUUUACCAAAUGCCAACAGCAUCUUUUUCAGUUUCGAGAUCUGAAAAAGUCAGAAAGGUCAAAAAUUUUAAAAGUAGGUGUGUAGAACUUAACAUCCGAAACCAAUAAACAAAAGUUUACAUCCGUUCGAAGACUGAAGGGAGAUAUCUCAGGUUUUGUCGCCCAUAGCUGGCCACGCCUAUAUACCCUUAACUUGAGCGCCCCCGAAAUUAACUCAUUGAAUGGAAAUCAACAUUUCCUUCAAGGAAAAGGAGUGAACUUUUAGGAAUUUCGAACAAGGCAGCUUUCUAGAUUAUCCUUUGUAUUUCCCGCCUGUAUCCGUAAGCCAUACUAUUUCGUUUCCGAUUGAGUUGCUCCUGCCAGUCCUAAUAAUAAACCAAUGAGCUUCAUAUGCCCAGCAAACUUUGGCCGAGGGGCGUGUGACGAGAGCCUGGGCCGGCUUCGUGCAGUGCGCAGAGGCCGUGGCACUUCACAAUUUCCCGGCCUCCAUGUUUGAACCCGAGACACUAACAUUUGAUUUUUGUGGUGUUUUGAGGAAAAGAUUGCUGGAAAGACGGAAUUAAAAUACGGCAAGGCGGCAGCACGGCUUCGGGCGGGCUGAGAGCACUCUUUGCCCAUGGAACAUAGUGGCCCAGAGCGAACAAGGGUCCGUACUACAAAGGUGAAGUUCGAAAAUUCUGGCUUGGUUUCGUCAAGACGCCGUAUUUAAACAAGAUAGACAGUUUUCGAGCACGGGGCAUCGAGUCUUACGUGGUUUGCGGCCUUUUUUUGGUUGAAUUCAAGUUGAAGUCUUCCUGUAAUUUAAUACAAGAGGCUUUUCUGGAAUCGUUCGUCAUUUCAGUAGAAUUCAUUGAGGCGGUUCGAAGCGAAUCGAAUAGAAACUUUCUUAGAAUGUCGUUUCGUCCUCAGCGACAGUGUCAUGGGCCAACUCCCGACAAGGUCCUCGAUUGAGUCGCAAUUUUUCGUCCGAUUGUCAAUUCAUCGAUCGCUAUAGUCCUUGUUCUUGAUCCUUUGAUAGCUGGCGAAGGUAUAAUCCUUUAUUUGCUGUCAUUUUGAUCUCUCUUUAGGUGCCCGAUGGCCACAGUUCGUCAUCCUCUAGCUCUAGAGCUGCUAGGAAUCGCUCAUCCACCUCGAGCGCGGAGGAAGUCCAUAUAGGCAAAUAUCGUUUGAUAAAAACCAUCGGUAAAGGGAAUUUCGCCAAAGUAAAACUCGCUAAGCAUGUGCCAACAGGAAAAGAGGUAAAUAAGUUAUCCUUCUCUAUUUACAGUUGCAAAUUUGGUUGUGGAUUCUUCCGUUCGAUCGGCUCUCUUAUUUGCUCGCUGUGAGGGAUAGUGUAAUAAUUAAACACAGACCGGUUCCAACGCCUUUUACUGAGUUGUAUUUUUCCCCUUCUAUAGGUGGCAAUCAAGAUUAUCGACAAGACACAACUGAAUCCGAACAGUUUGCAGAAGGUAUGUCACAACUUCUUUAACGGCCAAAUGAUUUGUGUUCAGAAACGUGUGUCAGUUCCAUUGAGUUUACCCUCGAUUGUAGUUUGUCGCUUAUCAUUAGGUAUUCGAAAGCACUGUUGAACCUUCGGUUUGUUUUGAAGAGAGCUUCAAACCCAGUAAGUUACGUUUCCGUACGGAAAAGUUUUAAAUUUGUGGACUUAACUUUAGAAAUCCACUGAUGUGAUCCAGACCUUAUAGUGAAUCCUGGGAAUAUUGUUGAAGUCGAAAUCUUCGAUUAUUCUUCUUCGAGCGUUAGGUUAUGUCAAGGGGGGAAAAUAUUCUGUAUUCUAAACCGAAGUCUUCGUUUACAUAUUAUUGUUAGUUGAUGGAAAUCUCUGCUUACCUUCGCAUUAGAGUACUGUCGGGUAUUAUUUUCAUAUUUUCGUUUUUUUGCAUUUUGAUCGAUGAUUUUCAAAGUGAGGAACCAAUGGCUGGUGAAAAACUGUUUCUAAAAGUGGACGUUUAGCCUUGGUUGUUUCUGCAAGAUUACUUUAUUUACACAAUUUUCGCAUGGAGUUACAUUAGGACAAGAUCGCUUAGUAUCCAGGUGAAAAUAUCGCACCAAGAAAAUCGAAUAUUGUGAGUGCAAAAUUCUCAAAUGAUGGCGGAUCCAUACUUUCCUAUGUCUGGACAAAGAUUUGUUGUGAUGCGAACUGAAAAAUUCAGUCCGUAAUCCAUGUUGUGUUUUAUUAAUAAAGUGUUAGUCCAUUUUGCAUUGCACGUGAUGGUAAGAUUUUUUAGGCUGACUAAUACGACUUAAACGCCAGCGAAUAAAAAACGCGUUCUAAAUCGCCACAGAUUUAAUUGUACUUUUUUCUGGAUCGCUUGAAAUCGCGUGCGCAUUUUUCGAAUUAAUGGACGUAAUUUCUUCUAUAAUGUGUAUGGGAUUGUAUUGAUAAAAAUCCAAUCGUUGUGUAGUGUUGUGUACAAACUCUGCGGUCAAGUAGCGAUUUUGACGAAGGUUUUCGAGCGACAUGUCGAUGAUAUAAUAUUUUUUGUUGGUGCUCUAUUGGAAAUCCAGCUCUCUGCAUGCGUCUUAGUAGGGCUAUUUACGUCACAGUUGAAAUGUUAUAAAAGGUGUUGGAAUUUUUUCCCCCCACGGCAGUUGAACCCCAGCUUGGCAGAGAGUAACGAGUUAGAUUUGCAUUUUUUGACUCACCGGCAAUCCUCAGGGUUUAGUAGCAAAUUUAGAUGAUUCUGAAUAUUUCUACUUCCUUUACUACUAAGUGUAGUAAAAUGGAAACAAUGUACUGCCAUUUUAUUCGACUCAAAUGUCUUUGUACUUUCCAGGAGCUUAGGAUAUUCUUUAUAGACAAAACAGGAAUAAUAGUAUAAUUGAACUUUAGUUCACAGGUGUACACUGUCUUGCCUUUUUCACAAGUGAAUUCAGGAAACCAAAAUUGUUGAAAUAUUUUCUCUCUGCUCUAAGUGAUCUUGCGCUAGAAUUUCUGGACAAAUGUAGCAUUGUUAUGGUUACAUAACCUUGCUCUCAAGUUAUCAUACCAUCUGAUACAGUCUCCUCAUCAGUGCACAAGUUUGUGGACAUCUGCCCCCUCUGUUUAUCAAAACAUAUAACUACAAUUGGGUUAAAAAUCACACAGAGAGUCAUGUGGAUAAUUUUGGUUGCUAGUCAAAUUCAUCCUCUUGGCUGCCAUGUCUGUGAGGGAGGUUUUUUUUUUCCAACUAUGACUCUGAGAAUAUUGAUUAAAGAGGCUAUUUCUUCUUCAAGCAAUGAUAAUAUUUUAUAAAUAUUUGUUUUUUUUUUGCACAUGUGUGGUAGUUAUUUUCCUAUGAUGGACUCAUUUGAAGAAAUUUUGAUUCAGUUAUUUGGAAUCUGUGAAGCAUUUUUUUUUUAGCUGAAAAUUCUUCUGCUCUUAAUAACAAUAUUAUUGUUAGUUGCACAUUUUGUGGGUGUAAUAAUUGUUUUUCUCAACUACAGCAUCAGGUAUUGCUUUCUAUAUCAGAUAUAAGACAAGCACAUUCAGGGAAAAGGGCCUAAUCUGCAGCAAGAUGUUGCUGAAAAGUUUUUUUUUUCCCUCCUGAAGCAAUAACUUCAUGUGCUGAUGAUUUACAGUAUUGCCUUAAUGACAGUGAAGAGAUAACUACUAGUUAAUGCAAUGUGCCACUUGCAUUAUUUUGAAUUGGAAAUAUUUCAUUGGUAUGGUAGUAAAUUUAACAAGUGUCCUACAUGUACACUGUAUGCAGUAAUUCACACAGAGAAUAAUUAUUUUGUUGAUGGGUAAGCCGUGUUUGAAGGAUUUUCAUUGCUGUGAACAAUUACAAUAUUAAAAAAGAAAACAAGGAGACUGUUCCAAUUUGAAGUGCUUGUAUAUUGAUGUGUUUUUUGUAUGAAACAGUAUAAAUAUCAUGCUAUCCCUCCAUUGUCGUAUCCAGCUUAAAGCCAUUUUUGUGUGUAUAUUUCCUUUUGAAUAUACAUGCACAUCUAGUUGAAGAAGUGUAUAUGUUUAUUACAACUUUGGCUCUUAUAUGACCACCCACUUCACUGUUCAACUAAGCGAUUGAUUUAUUAGUCAUUUUGUGAACAGAGUAGCUGGUAGUCAUGCAAAAAAAGCAAAAUAGGAUCAAUCCAUUUUGUCAACUAAGUCACUUGUUGCAAUUUGAUUGUGUACUUAUUAAUAACUAAAUUGUUGUUAGACCAGAGGACAAACAUAUCCUAAAAUUUUAGCUCUCCCCACAUAUAACUCUGUUAAUAUUUUAAAAUCAUAUCAGUACUUAUUUGAUGAUCUUUUUACAGUUGUUUCGAGAAGUCAGGAUUAUGAAGUUUCUUGAUCAUCCCAACAUUGGUAAAGAUGUUUGAUUUCAUUUAUUCUGGGUGUGUUAUUUCUUGAUCUCUCUUCGUGUCCUGUUUUUGCCUGUUAAUAAUAAAUUUCUUCUUUUAUCAUUACCACACAGUGAAGUUGUAUGAGGUUAUAGAAACAGACAAAACCCUGUACCUUGUAAUGGAGUAUGCAAGUGGAGGUAUGGAUGAUGUUGUUUAAAUAACAGUGUAAACAGAAAGAUUAUGAUUGUAGCAUGUUGCUGUAGAAACUGUCUUUGCCAACAUCUCUGCAUGUAUUCAUGAUUCUCUUCACAAGGAAUGCAAACUUGUUUCAGACCCAAAAAACUGCUCCCAUCAUGAAUUUGUAUUGGUUGCUUUCAAUGAAGGGACACCUUUCCAGGGAUUUUCCCCUCAUUACUGUAAUCAAACUAUAACUAACUGUCUGUUUGUAAUUUAUAUCAGAAAGAAGGAUGAAACUUAAAAUAUUAUUUUGUUUCUAAUUGUGAAGGUGAAGUGUUUGACUACCUUGUUGCACAUGGCAGAAUGAAAGAGAAGGAGGCCAGAGCCAAAUUUAGACAGGUGAUUGUAUAAUAUUUGUGAAGAAAUGAAAGUGAUAGUCUCUUGAUACCAUGCAUUUCGUUUCUACUUGUAAGCAGAAGUAAUGAGUGGGGUUUGUAAUUUGUGUGAACAGGUGUAGGGUGCAUUUUGUUGUUUCAAAAAAUCCAGAUCUGGAAAACAAAAUUGUUUGGCAAAUUUGUUUGCUGCCAUGUGAAAGAAGUAUUGAUUUUUUUUCCAUCAUAUUUUUAGAUUGUAUCUGCUGUCCAGUACUGCCAUCAAAAACAUGUGAUUCAUAGAGAUCUCAAGGUAAUGUUUUAUCUUCAGCUGUUUGUACUUGUAAAUGCAAAAGCCAUUGUGUUUUUUUCGUAUAAGAAGAACACCUUUAAAGAGGUUUUUUUGUAUAUAAUUAAUGUCUUGUUGUGAUCAAAUUCUAACAUCUCCCUGAUUGUUAAUACCUGUGAAUGAGGGGAGAGCAAGUCAUUGAACAUAUCAUUUAAAGAGAUCAGUGAGAGAAACCUUUCUUUUUGUGGGAUGAAUUUAAUUUGUUUAUUGAUUCUUUAUUUUUUAGGCCGAGAACUUACUGUUAGACGCAGAUAUGAACAUAAAGAUAGCAGAUUUUGGUUUUAGUAAUGAAUUCACUCCUGGAAAUAAACUGGAUACUUUUUGUGGGAGUCCCCCUUAUGCGGCACCAGAACUGUUCCAAGGCAAGAAGUAUGAUGGACCAGAAGUAGAUGUUUGGAGUUUAGGUGUAAUUUUAUACACUCUUGUCAGUGGAUCUCUUCCAUUUGAUGGCCAAAAUUUAAAAGUAAGAAUACAUUUGUCAUAAGUUUCUGCAUGGUUUUAUGCAUUUUAACCAUUUUAAUUUGAGGAAAAACUUUUACUGGAUUUUUGUCAGUAACUGUGGAAGAAGUAGGUUCUGUUGUUGGUAUGGAUAGUGUUGCAUGGAAGCAACAUACAUAUGGUCUAGACCAGCUCUAACCGUCAACACCAAUUUCACUAAACAUAAUGGAAUAUUGUGUCCUUAAUCAAUUCUUCAUUUUUCUUUGCAGGAAUUAAGAGAAAGAGUCCUUCGAGGAAAAUAUAGAAUACCUUUUUAUAUGUCUACAGGUAAGUCAGCAGAUGCAAAGUAUUCAUUUUAAGAAUUUUUUACAUUAAAUAAUUUUAAUUUAAAGUGGACUCAAACUUUCUUUUUUAAUCAGCUCUCUGUUUUUUUUUUGUUUUUACAAAUAUAGAUUGCGAGAAUCUAUUAAAGAGAUUUUUAGUGCUAAAUCCAAUGAAACGAUCCCGACUAGAGGUGAGUAUUUGUUUAUUUUAUAAGUUUAAAAAAAGUAAUAUCUUUGUAAUGAUGAAAGGGUCACAGAAUUAGGAAACUUAGGAGCUUUUCACGGAUUUAUAACAUCAAGAGUGGAGGGUCUACAGUCUUGACUUACAUGAAGUUAUUUUUUUUUAGCUCAGCUCAGUGUACUACAAUUUGAGGUUGAUAGUUUAGGCACACAAUUAUUUAGUGGCUUGUUGUAUGGUAAGUUGUGCCAAGUUUUAAUGGACAUACAUGUAAAUUUUUUUAUAGCAAAUUAUGUCAGACAAGUGGAUGAAUUUAGGAUAUGACAAUCAGGAACUCAAACCUUAUAGUGAACCCACGCCUGAUUUUAAAGAUGAGAGAAGAAUAGGUAAGGAUUCUCUGAAAGUACAUGGUGCAUCUGUGUGUUUUUUUAUCUACAUUUAAAGUGCUUUAAAGAUUUUUGUCCAAACUCUCUGUUAACUUUGACUUUUAGGAAAAGAAGCAUUGAAACAUAGUUAGCAUGUAAUUUAUUUCUAACCCUUUUGUAGAAAUUAUGCUGCAAAUGGGAUUUUCAAGGGAUGAGAUUGGAGAGGCUUUGACAAAUAACAGAUAUGAUGAAGUCAUGGCUACCUACCUUCUCUUGGAUGAGAAGAGACAAAAGUUAACUGUAAGUAACUGAACUUCGCCUUUCAAUAUGUUAAAAAAAAUUGCUCAAACAUUUAAGCCUGAUUUUUUCUGGCAUUUUUUUCUACAAUUGCUAAAAUUGGAGCUCACCUGCAAGGCGACUUGGUGAAUCUGCUUAACCUUUUACACUGUAACAUCAGUUUGCAUAUUCUCCAUGUUGUUCUCUAUACAUUUCUUUAAGUGCUGGCAAGGAGAAUUUGUUGAACAAUCAAGAGGUUUUUCAGUUGAUUAUCAUUUCCUUUACUGUCAGGACUUAAAUGUUUGAUUCAUGGGUGAUAUUGAACGGAAAAUGAAAUGCCAGUCACUCUCAGGGAUUAAAGGGUUAAUAAGGCAGUGAAAUUUCUCAGAAAAUAUCAAGUUAAGCCAGCAUUGAAGGUCAGUAGAAUGCAGCACAUGCCCUUUGCUUUGUGUAGCUUUGUUGGCAAAAAUUUUGGAGGCCUCUUGGGUACUCUCUCUUGUUUCCUGCUUGUUUUCAAACACAUGUAUGUACCCUCAUAUACUUGGUUGGGCCUCUUUUUAAACAAUAAACAUCAUGUAAAGGCACAAGUGUACGUAGACUUUGUCCAAAAUCAUCAUUAAAACUCUUUAAAAUCCCUCAUUGUCUCUGAUGUAACUAAGAAAAAGAAAAAAUUUUUUCUCUGCAGUUGAAUGGGUCCAGUGACCCACUUAUGGAAAACACCAGUGCCCCAAGACCAAGUACAUCAACGCCAUCUGGUGUUCCUGCACCCAUUCGGCCAAGUCGUGCAAGUGCACGACGUGAGAGAGGAGAUAGGGAGUUACCUAGAAGGUAUACUGAGGGUCGUGUUCCUCAUAGCACAGGCCACACUGUUAGCAGGCAAGCAUGACUCGGUUGCACUCUGUUUAUUUUUUUACUAACCUAUCAUUGUUAUUUUUAUUUGUUUCUUGUUAAGUUUUGUUUUGUGUUCCUUUUAUUUUUAGCUUUGGUUUUGAAGCCUUCUCCAUCUUUUUGCUUUACAAUUUUGUGUUGAUGCUAACAUUCAAUAACUUGCACUUUUUCACUCUAAGCAAUUUUUUUUAUCACUUGGGAAAGGGCUUCCUUUUGGAAACAAAGAUUUUCCAAAGAUUCUUUCAUGAAGUUUUGUAGGAGUUCUAAAAUUGUUUAUUUAAUGAAGGCUUUUGUUCACCAAAGCAGCCAUGCACAGUAUGUGAAUAGUUUGUUUUUUGAUUGGGGCAUUCUUGAGUGGUGUGAUAUCUCCUCUUUCUGACUGAGUGAAAUUGGAUCCCAUUGUUUGCUGUGGGGAGGAUGAUAAUGGGCCUAUUAUUUAACUACAGUAAUGGUGUAGACAAAAUAUGGGUGUCUAUUGCAGUUGCCUUAUGCAUUAUGGAAUCUGUAUGAUUGGUUGACAGUUUGAUAAAGGUUAAUUAGAGUUAUAUUUGGGGCUUAACAACCUCUAUUGAUCCAUUAGUAACAAGCAGAACAUUCCCAACAGAGCGGCAACUGAAACAGGCGGAACAGUGUCCAGCCAAGGAAAACCAAUGGGAAGAGGGGAAAGAGAGAGAAGUGGUGUAAUAAAGAAUGCUGUCCCUAAUGAUGAACGUGUACCCAAUUCUAUUGGAAGAGCAUCAAACCCAAACAAGGCUGAAAUACCUGAGAGAGCUGCAGAUCGAAACAGAAGAGGAAAAGCCCAAAGGGUAAGCAUCUUUGGGCAAAGUAGCAUUUAGCUCAGUUUACAUACACAUUGCAACCAGGGCCCAGUUGUUCGAAGGCCGAUUAGCGCUAACCCAGGGUUAAAUUUUAAUCUGCGUUUCUUUAUUCCUUUACUCAAAAGCCUUUUUGGGAAAAUUUUCAGUGUCCUUUUUAAAGCAUCAAGUAGUCAUACUCUAAACAAAAAGAAUUCGACUGAAUUUUCUUGUAAAGCUUUUAGAUCUGAAAUCGGAUUUCACACUAACCCUGGGUUAUCUUAACCCAGCUUUGAACAACCCGGCCCAGGUCUCUAAUCAUAUCCAAGAGUUAAGGGAAUUAUUAAACAAAAGUUAUUAUUAAAAAUCUACUUACUGGUUUAAUUACUUUCUUUCACAAAUAAAAAUGUCUUGUAUUUCCUUCAAAUACACUUUGGAAGUUUUAUGUAGUGGAAAUAUGAUGUUGAUUUAGUUGCUUAAUUAGCAUCUUUGACUGCAUAGAUUACAUACUUGCAUACUCAAUUUGAGAAAGACAACUAAAGUAAUUUUUCUUUGCAUUCCACUAAGUCAGACAUGGUUUAUAUUUACUUAUGUACUGAAAAAAACUUGUUAAUUAUUCUCUCAGCAACAAAGUAUGCCAGGAAGCAUCAUCAGACGCAACACUUAUGUUUAUGGAGAGAAAAGGGCAGAAGACAGGAACAGCACCUCGCAAACACCAUCAAGUCAAACCAAUGGAAAGGGAGAAAGGUGUGUAACACGCUCAUGCAAAAACAUUGUACAGUGACAAUAUAUCCCAAAUCCAAUCAAAUUGAAAACUGUAUUUAAACCUUAAACUCCAAAGAUCUGAUUGUUAAUUCUCCCCUCCAGCUGGUACACAUUUCAUUGAAAAUUAGUUACAAGAAUUUGGUGUUAGAAGAAGAAAACGAAUUUAACCUGAUAAGUUUAGGUAUGCUCAUUUCCUGUUUGCCAGAUGAUAUAUGGAUUUUGUAGGGAGAAGUUACAGGUUAAUCACUUCUGAAAGUUAAAGGGUGUUAAAGCAAUGUGAAGAAAAAGAGAUUUGAUGUUUUCAAAGUAGGAAAGUCCAAACAAUAAAGAAAACACACUCCAAGCAUACAUAUAUAACUGCUAGUUUGAGAAUCUAGUCACUGCAGUCAACUUAGAAGUACAUCACAACAUAUGUUUGAACUAUUGCAACCACCACUCUCUGGAACUUUUACAUUAGCAUCUUUCUUCUCCCAACUUCCGAUCUGCAGCUCUAGUAGCCAGCUCUCUCUUGCUUGCUUAGGUUACUACAAUUUUCAGUUGAGUGAGGUAUGACCAAAGUUUGGUGAUCACUGUUUGACAUAAAAAGCAUCUUAUUGCCACAGGCAACUUGCUUUGUUUGUAGUAGCAAUGUGUCAUUUGACCUCUUUUGGCAGGCUUUUAUGUUUGACAAUUGGCCACACUCUGCUCUGGGAAAUAAGGAGGGUUGGCCAUGAUAACACUGUUAUUUUAUGGUCAAAACCUCAUCACCAAACUUUUCUGCACUUCACUCUACUGACAAUCAUAGUAAUUUACAUGUAACUGCUUGUAAGCUCUUCAAAAGAACAGUGUAUCUCACCUGUUCAUCUCUCUUCCUUUUCUUAGCAUGACAGAGCCAGGCCCUAGUGGCAGCAGUGUGGCUUCUGGCAGGCCUAUGUCUAAGCAGCCCCCACCCGAUCUGGGUAACAGGCUUUCACCCACACGUAGAUCUCUUCCACCAGUUGCUAUACAUCAGGAAAAUAGACAUAGAGCUGGGUGAGUCAGCAGAUAUCAGUUUACAAUAACCAGACAAGCCUGCAUAUUUGUCAAGUCUGUGUUGUAUUUAGCUGGGCAAAAACAAAUGUGGACAUCCUAUUACAACAGUAAACUAGCUCUUUGAAACACAACAUUUAAUCAAUGCAACCAAAUGCUCACACAGGCUCUGUGCUCUUUCAACACAUUUCAUAUUUGCUGCUGGGAGACCCCUCCCCCCCACAAGAAAAUUAGAGUAAAAUCAAUAUCUGCCUGUACAUUUUCAACUGUUGUUCUUUGUAUUCCUUGUACUUUGGUCCUCUCACAUUGUGGUGCAUCUUAAAUCCUCACCCAUUUCUUCAUCAACUUUAGUACCUUGCAUGAAAUACUGCAUCUGUGCGCAAAAAAAUUGCUUAAUCUUUGGAGUCGAAUCUUGAAUAUUCAAUGUUUCAGUGGGUGGUACAAUGUGGCAUUGACCACUUUUUCUUUCUCCUGCAGGAGAACAAAUCCCAACACUAACUCAGACAUACAACCCCCACCAUCACGGUUAGGACCUAGAAAUGUGACAGCACGUAGCACGUUCCAUGGUGGUCAGACACGACCUCGCACUCAGAAUGGACCUGACAGAUCCAUUGACCCUAACAGCCCUGGGGCAAGGCAAGGCUUUCUUACCAAGCUUACAUCAAGAUUUAGUAAGAGGUUAGUGAAUAAAGAUGGUCCAGGUGAAAGUACAACUUGGAGUAGGUUAGAGAUACCUUGCAAAAAAUUGCAAAUGAAAGAAGCCUAUUAGGAAUGCGUAUACCUCUAUUUCCAUACAAAGAAAAACACAAUUUUGAUUUUUUUUUUAAAGCAAGGUCUUUAAUUUGUAAUUGCAAACUGUAUUACAAAUUCUCACUGUUACAGCAAUGUGAAACGGAGAGGUCAGGGUAAUGAAGAGAUCUAGCUAGUUUUUGUCAGGUCCCUCUUGAUGCACUAAGCAUCAUGUGAAUGUUUUCUAAAUGGAACUGUUGUUGAAGUUUUAUGCAUUUUUUUGCACAUCAAGUGUUUUAACCAUCUUUGAGCUUGUAGGAAACAUUAAUUCACUAAACAACCAUAAUAUACCUCUAUGAAACCACAAAAUGUACUGCACUUACUUUAUGCACAUGAUAAAUCUUGGAGGCAGUGUUGUCUUGAAACCUUCAUGAUGUCUGACUUUGAAGCAGGUAACUGUCUAACUAGCGUGCUGAUUUCAAACCAGAUUUAAUUGAUAUUCUGGAAUAAAUGUGCAGUUUUAACCAUAAAGUAAAAAUUUGUACUUUGGCCCCUGAUGAUGCUCAUUGGUAGAGUAUUCAAUUUAACCCUGUUUGGCUUCUUACAAUACUCAGUCGACAGUUGGACCCCACAAUGACCUCAAGGCCUGGUCCCCAAGGACAACGGUCAGUUUAUAACUUGUCAAACUUGUGUAAAAUUGGUUAAUUCUUUGAAUCUGUUAAUCUAUACUUUGUGAGAAUUUUCCAUCUGCUGCUGAACCUUCUUUAUAUACAGUAUUUUAAACUUAAACUCUUCAUUAGUAUACUGUUAAAGUAAAAGGAACAAUUUAAGAUAAAAACUUUAAAUGCAGUAAAAGUUUAAAUGCUGUAGGCUUCUUGCUUCUUUGUGUUGUCAAUAAUCUACAAUUUUGUAUAAAUAAAACGUUUGGUGUUCUUUCUCUUUUAAAAACCAACAGUUGUAAUGCUACAAACCCUUUUACUGCCUUUUAUUAUUCUUAGAUACAAAAUAAAUGUUGUGUGAAAUAGUGUAAGAACAACAAUGCAUUGUUGAAUGAGUGACAAAUGUUUAAUAAAGAUGUGUCGGUUCAACUUGGGUUUGGAAAGAAAUGACUGUUAGAUAGUUUUUCUGGUAUAGAGUUACUGUCAAUCGCCUGAGGAAGACUAGAUGUUGAUCAGCAAAUAUAUCUUUUUUUAAGUUUUAGUGACAAUUAAGCAUAGAGCUGAAAUAAAUGGUUCUUAUGCAAGUGGUUGAGUGUUCCACAGACUAGCAUGUUUAAACAAUUUAUCAUGAAAGUUGAUAAUUUUUUUGGAAGAAGUGUUUGUUGUAUUUUUGCUCGAGUGGAAUUCAUUCUUAUUGACAAGGUUUCGCUUUGCAAUGAUAACUGCGCCACUUUUUUCUUUCAGGGAUGAAUAUGUUUUACAAUUGCAACAACACGCUUUUGACAUGAUUAAUUUUUCUCAUAGACCAAUGGAUCAAGCCCUGUCUCCAAGGGAACCAAGAGAAAUGUCACGUGGGAGCAUGGAAGGCAGUGGUCAGGGGUUAGUGGAACUUCUCAGUGCUUAUAAUACUCAGUAACCUUAGCAGUAGAAAGGUGGUGUUCCAGUAACAAAAUAAUAAUGGGUCGGGAUGUGCAGAGAGCUUGAUUGUCUUAAAUUGAACAAUUCUUGCUCAGCUUAAGGUUAUAAGCAGAGUGGUGAAAGUAUUAAACACAAAAUAAACACUGGAAAUGAAUUUAAAAAUACAUGUACAGCUGAAGGGAACCUGUAGAACGCUUAUCAUCGUGUUUACAAUUUUGCUACUUGAAAGUUCUUGGCCUUCGUUUACAAGUUCUUCCUUUUUUAUCCACUGUUUGCCAAGAAGAACUUAAGUAUCCUGUUUAAUUCGGAAAAAAGGGUUGUGAAAACUAAGCGUUGGCUCAAGCGAUGGAGAAUGUUUGUUCUCGUGGAUUUAAAAUUUGGCGUAUUCUGGCUGUGGAUCUGAUGUUCCUGCAAGUGGGAGUCCAUUUUGGCGGAAGCAUCUAAGAUAAUGUUUAAAUUUGGGGAAGGGGAAAGAUAGAGAGAGAAGGAGGGGGAGGGGGUAUGGGGGAAUUUUUUUCGUUAUUUGCGGGGUUACGUUAUAAGCGCUAUUUCCACAUCGUUCGUACAUGCAAACGUAAACCGUAAACGUUCCUUCAAGAACAUUUUAAUUACGCGUUAAUUAGUUUUGCAAGUCAUACGCAAGUGUUUUCUGUCGAUAUGAACAUGAAUAUGUAACAGACCACAAGGAAAGUUUUUCUGAAGCAUUCAAAGCUUACUGUAGUUUUUUUUUUUUUUUUUUUUUCAAGCAGAAGCUGUAUUUGAAUUUUCUUUUUCUUUGGCUGGGAGUCUUGUUUCAUUAUCAACUCAAUUAAGUUGGUCGAGAAGAACACGUCAAUAGCCAUUUUAACUGCGGUCUCUUCGUUUGCUCGCUUGGCUUUUCGGCUGCAUUUAAAUUGAGAAGGUUGUACUGUUCCGUACCUGGAUGAGAAAAUAAAGUUUGACUCUGCGUAAUACCAAAACUAAAGCCAUUAAACUCAAAGAUAACUUGAAUGAAGUAUCCGUGUUAAAACGACGCUUGUUGUGAUAAGAAUUUGAAACUUGACGAGUCAAACCUACGUUAUACCCUUUUGGGGGUAAUCUUUUUCUUUAAUUUUAUCAUAUUUUGCUGUGCUUGUAAUACAGGCUCAGUUAAAAAAAUUAAGCUAUAAUUUAACGUCUGAUGUAAUUGGUGAGAUUUUCGGGGGUAAGUAAACGAGAAUAUUCAGUUUUAUGAUUGCUUCUUUAAAUGUGUAAAAACUGAGAUUUUAAAACUCGUUUUUUCGAAUCCUUUUGACUGAGUCUAUCUGCAGUUCAAUCAAGGGUCUUGGUUUGUAGCCGUUGUCAUGUGUUAUAAUAGCGUGAUAGUUAAUCUGUCUUGGGGUUUUUUGUGACAGCUGAAGCUGGUCACUGUAAUCUUGACGUUUGUUUGUUUUAAAAAUGCGUAACGUUAACGAGGAUUUGUUUUUAAAGAAACAGGUAUAAAUCAAUGCAUUGAGAUAAAAAUUGUUUUACAAUAAUAUCCUAGUCAUGACUUUAUCGAAGAUUAAGUGGUAAAUAACAUAUUUGGCAACUUCCUACUGCCAUAGUUAAAUGCUUUAAACGUAAACAGUGGUAAAGCUUGGAGCUCGGAGAAGGCCAUUGCUGCAUGACGUUGCAAAAAAAAAAAAAACUUGUUUGAAAAUCUGCCUCAUAAAGCUGAUUCCAUCUCGAGGUAAAUCCUCAUACGAAGGGAACGGUAAGUCGUUUUUGCCGCUAUGCUGCGUUCGGUUCGCCGGAAGUGACGUCAUGUGGUACCUUCUCUGGGUUGGAUUCUGGAUGGAACAGUGCAGCUUGGAAAGCUCAGCUUCAGACCCCUCGCGGACAAAAUCUUUCACGCGAGCUGGCAAUGCUAGAAAUUUUUAAGGAAUGUUUCAUAGCCGUGACUUCUGUGCAUUGUGUUUUUUUUUUUCCGAAGUGGUGUGGUCUUUUUACUGUGAUAACACUUAAUUAAUCAUUUGCUGCCCAGUCUAAUUUUGGCGCGGUGUCUAAUCUACUAACGGUUGGCUUUGGUGAUGUGCAGACGGAGUAAUAUAACAGUAGAUUAAUUAAUAGCUGACUUAAUCAAAACUGAUGUGGACUAAUUAUUUUAAUAAUUGUCAUGGUAUAACCACUUGGAGAGGGAUUGGUAACUAAUGUGUGAUUAAGCUCAUGAUCAUGUAACACGCACUGUUGGGGUCUCAAAACCUUCCGAGUACACGUUGUUUUGUGUUUCUUCACCGCUAGUUAUUUUUCACUUUUAUUUUAGUCAGAUCGUAUUAUUAUUUCAACCAUCACAUGCGUUUUCCAGUGCACUCCUCACCCAUAUCAUCACUCACUGCAUCGUCCUCGGUUUUACUCGUUUAUUUUGAUGUGUGUUAUGAUUAGUCCACAUACGAUUUCAUCAGCUAUUAAUGAAAAAUUUUCAGUUUUUUCCCCAACAUCUGUUACGUUUUUACUUUGAAAGUGCAAACACCAUCCGUGUUAUUUUCGAGCAUUCGGCAGCAAUCUGAGGCUGCCUCGUGAACGACCGAAAGCUUCCCGAUCACUUCUAACUUUUCCCCACUUUGGCUCUAACCGUGACCUGCGCAACUGUUUUACCAGCAGUUUUCGGGCUAGGAGACCAUAAGAGGAGUUUCCCUUCAGUUGAACCGAAUGUUAGACAAUUUAGUCAUGGAGAAAUUAUUUAAGCGUUAUGCACAAGCGUUAUCGUCAUUGUUUGCGCGAGAUGGUCGUCAUUCCUUGCCGCACGGGUGUUGUACGCACUUUUAACCCCACAGUAGUAGAAUAGUUGAUUGUUACUGUUUGCACCCGGAAGCCACUAGCACUUGAAUUCUGUUCUAACAAUGAAAGCACGGUGUAUCGAAGUCACGGCUGUUUGCCGGUCAAAUUAAGUCAUUGGGGUUCCAUUUAUUGUGGCUUACAUGGCGAGGGGUCUGACGAGCUGUGUUGUUGCGUUCAAGGGCCCGAGGUGGUAGUGCAUCUGGGGUAAAGUCCGCCUAUCCGGACCCAAAGUCCCGUAUGAGCCCCAGGCGUAAAUCUCUUCGAGGAACGUUUGCUAGGCUGUCGCUCAGAAAGCACAGAAAAAGGCAGGUGUUGGCAAAUCUGCGCAUGUGCAGUUGGACCAAUCUCUCGCUAGUGCUAGUCUAUGCUUGUCGCGCGAACGCCCUACACUGUCAGUGAACUGAACCUAGCAAUUGAUUGGUUCAGCGGCGUGUGUGCCAUGCUAUUUGAGACCAGUACUCGUUCCACCAAUCAGCUGCUUGUGCUGCUAAAUUUAACUUUUGGUUGGACCAAUCAGCGGCUUAUUCUAGUGCUGUGCAAAUUUCAUUUGCCAAGCCUCGCUUUGAUUGUUUUAGUGGCGAAUGGUUCAGGUUACUGGAUUUACUAUAUAGUGCUAUCGCGGGUGUUGGGGGAAAGAACAUAGUUUCCUUCGUGGCCCUUGUGUCUGAUUGGUGCAAUGAGUUAAUUGUGAGCAGUCAGGCAAGAAGCUGCUUUCCUGUCGUAGUUGUCAAGCAUCGAAGUUGGCGCGUUCAGUUUGUUCUUACACUAAUUAAAAACGUGACCAUCAUGGUGUGCCUGUACUUUCUUUUUUCAUAACAUAGCGCACGUGGGUUGACUUAGAGUUUAAAUCUUAUAAUUUUUGUAGAUGGUUUGUUCCUUGACUCGUAAAUUACAGUUCUACAAUCUUUGUGUCUUUUCGUUAUAUUUUGCUGUUGACUCUUUGUUUCUUUGUCUCCUUCUUUUCUGGUAGCAGUGAAGGAAUUUGCAAAGCUGAUACAUAAUUUAUUGUUGUUUACGGUACAGAUCAAUGAAUGAUACAUCACUGGGCGAGAAGCCUCGCUCUCUUCGUUUCACGUGGAGCAUGAAGACUACAAGUUCUAUGGAACCACAAGAAAUGAUGGAUGAAAUUAGAAAAGUAUUGGAAUCUAACAGCUGUGACUAUGAACAGCGGGAAAAUUUCCUUUUAUUUUGUUGCCAUGGCAAUCCCGCUGACGCCAAUCAUGUUCAGUGGGAAAUGGAGGUUUGUAAACUGCCUCGUCUGUCUUUGAAUGGCGUACGUUUUAAACGAAUCGCAGGCACUUCGAUUAAUUUCAAGAACAUCGCUUCGAGAGUAGCGAACCAGUUAAAGCUGUGAUGGAGAAUUUCUCAUCGUAGGAUCACUCGACUUAUUGAACUCGAUCGACGACUCACCCAACUCUGAAGACAGUUUAGAGUAUUUGAAAUACCUCCCUUGAAAAUGACUGCGCAACAGGCCACUAACUUAAAGAUAAUUUGGGUUUUUUAGAACUUCGCAAAGUCGCUCAAGAAUGGAGCUUCAAUUUUGUUAAGGCGGGCGGAAGAUUUUGUUUGUUUUGCACUUUAUUGUCUGCGUCAGUUCGACAGUGUUGCGAGAUGGUUUUUACUCGCUACAGAAUCACGGUACAUACUAAUGACAUGUUUCUACGAGUUUGGAAAAUUACCAGAGGACCGAGAACUUGUAAGUUCGUGUAAAUAACCAUAGGAAUUAUUUAAUUUUAAUGGAGGGUAGUAGAAAAAGCUGCCCGCACGACCCCUGACUGUAGUGGGGUAACAUGUUUUCUUUGCUACUUGUGUUUCACUUAGCAGGUCUUCGUUGUUCACGUGUGAAGUGCAUUGAAGCCUUUACACCAACCAGAAACUAGUCUCUGGUUCCCUCCUUUCUUUCGGCCGGGUAAGCUGAAGAGCUUGGAGCAGAAGACCGCUCCACGAGCAGAUUGAGUGAAACUACAAUAAAUUUUUCAGUUGUGGAAUGUUGCCGCAUAUUUCGCCCGAGUUACGCAAAUAAUGAUGAAAACGUUUCAUCUGCACGCAACAGUCCUUUUUUCCACAGAUAUUAGGAUUGCCAUCGGAAUUUUUCUUCUCUACAUUCGUGAAGCGUUUUGUCCUAGGUGAAAAUUCCUUAAUACUAGUUUAUUAAUUGGCAAGCAUUUCACAACUGAAUUAUCGAAAUCUAAUUUCGCUCUGAAUGUGUUUUAGUGCUCUACGUGAACAGAAAUUGCCUCGUUAAUUUAAUGACCGUUAAUUAUUUUUAAUUAUAAAGAGAUACUUCAUUGCCCAGCACAAGUAGAAAUUUAGUGACAGAUCCUAAGUGUUUACCUAAUCCGAAUACGGCGCGAGUAAGCUGUGGAGUCUUCGUGAGUGUUCGGUUGGCAACGAAAUUCUGUUUUUUUUUCUAAGGUCAAAAUUCUCACAACAACCCCUUGAAUUCAAACGUUUUCUUUUGUAUAGGUUAAGAUGGUACCACUUAAUAUUCGAUCUUGUACGUGCACAAAGCAAAAGCUAUGGUGACCUUGAAUUUGUUGUAAAUUACACAACACCCCCUCCCCCCCCACCACCACCGUUGCAAAGUUUAUAGUCACGCAAGUCCGUCUGUGGCUAAAUUUUAUUGUGAAGGGUCAACGCACUUUUACAGAUUGGAAACAAAAUAACGUAGAUGCAAUUAAUUAAACCAUAACUCAAUUUGGAUUGAUGUUGUACAUUUUCAUUGCUGGUAGGAUCGUAAUUCAUUUCUGUAUGAUCUUGGUAGAAUAAAUCGUAACUUGAUGUAACAAAACAUCACUUUUUCCACGAAAUCAAUUUUUUUCCUCAGUGCUGCGCGUGAACAUUUUGGAAAAACAUUUGAAAAGGACUGGAUACCCGAAUUCAUUUAUUGUUUGUGUCUAAUGAAGGCGUCAAAAAAAAUGUCGCGUUACUCUAGUGUGACUCGCAACGGCAAGAGAUGUGUGGCGUGACUUGUGUCACAUGUUUAGCUUGGGUUAAUUGAUUGGACUGCCUGAAUCACGUGGAAUUCUUUCUUUCAUUCCUCGCCACUGACUCUGUCUUUGUAAAUAUUAUUUCUAAGGAUUCCAACCUAUUAUAAAGUGCGAGGCAAUUUCUUGGUAUGUAAACGGUCCUUUGUCGCUUUUUAGUCAAUUUAGGGUUAUCUAUAACAAAUAUAUUCUUAAACAUGGAAAACGGGUUGUUUUGUUUGGUCUUACGGCUACUAGGCAGCGCGAAGCAAUGGCUCUCUUGAUUCAUAUCUUCAUUUGAAACCUGUGCCCCCAGAGUGUUCCCCUCCUGGUUUCUACGUACUAUGGGAAAUAAAUUCGUUCGUUUGCACGAACCAAACCUAUCACUCGACUGAUGAGUAACUCCUUAAUCAGUUGUGGUAAGGCCUACCUAUGCAGGGCAGCUCAUAAUGAACCCAAAAGGGAGGGGAGGGGAG